CUCCUGCCUCAGCCUCCCAAGCCACUGGGAUUACAGGCAUAUGCCACCGUGCCCAGCUUCCUUUGACAUUUUCACAAACCUUUUUAGUGUCUGACCAAAUAGAGGACAGCUAGAUUCUCAUGUCACGUCCUGCAGUGAGUCUCCCAGGGGACAGCAUACCUCAUGACCUCUGGGAACUGUGUGAGAAGAUGAGAGUAAAGAUGGUACUGACUUACGGCAAUGGCUUUGGCCUUGUGGACCCCUAGGUGUUGCAUAUCAUGCUUUGAAAACCACUGCCUAGAGUUACCUCUCCAAGCAGAGUUCUCAGUGACCAGGAGUGGUGACCUGUGCAGACUAGCUCAGAUGAAAAGAACAAGACGCUGAAGUAGUCCCUGGGCAGGCGGAACUUGGCCUGCAGCCACUCCUUUCUCUAAGGAUUUGUUCCAUUUGUCUCCUCACUUUGGCAUGACCCUACCUGAGCACUUAGCUCCAGGUAAGCCAUGAACAGGAGUUUCCUGGUCAGUUGUUCUAGAAGGGCCCUGGAUAUGGACACAGAGUUCAGAGGCCAAGGUGGCCUCCACAGAUUCUGUAAGACUCCUGUGCCCGUCAGACCAGGUACAGACCCUGACCUUAAGGAAAGGGCCCUUUGGGGCCUCCAAGUACCCACCUGUCCUCAGCCCCCCUCAGUGCAGAUAGGGGUUCAGCCUGUGUCAUCUUGUGGAUGCUGACUCUCACGGAGGUAUCCUGGAGCAUCCUGUAGGCCCAGCCUCCUGGCCUCCUCUUCCCACUGCUGGCUCCCUUCCUCCUGGAGUACGCCUGACUGGCACCUCCUUGACCAUGCUGUCCUCCAAGACUAAGGUUUCUGGUGUACCCCAGUGACUUCCAGCUCACAGACAAGGAGAAAAGCAGCAUCUGCUACCUGUCAUUUCCUGACUCCCACUCAGGCUGCCUUGGGGACACUCAGUUCAGCUUCCGGAUGCGCCAGUGUGGAGGGCAGAGGAGCCCCUGGCAUGCAGACGACAGACCCUACAAUGGUGGAGCCCCCGUGGCACUGCAGAGGGAGCCAGCACACUACCUUGGCUACGUGUACUUCAGGCAGGUGAAGGACAGCUCUGUGAGGAGGGGCUACUUCCAGAAGUCUUUGGUACUGGUGUCCCGCCUGCCUUUUGUCCGGCUGUUCCAGUCGCUGCUGAGCCUAAUUGCCCCUGAAUAUUUUGACAAAUUGGCACCCUGCCUGGAAGCAGUUUGUAAUGAGAUUGACCAAUGGCCAGCCCCCGUGCCUGGGCAGACCCUGAACCUACCUGUCAUGGGAGUCGUCAUCCAGGUGCACAUCCCAUCCCGGGUGGACAAGCUGGAGUCCAAGCCUCCAAAGCCGUGUGACCAAGAGAACCUGCUGCCAGCCCCAGUGGUCCUUUCCAGUGUCCAUGAAUUAGACCUGUUCAGGUGCUUUCAGCCCGUGCUGACCCAUGUGCAGAUGCUGUGGGAGCUCAUGCUUCUUGGGGAGCCCCUGGUGGUCCUGGCGCCUUCACCUGACGUGUCCUCAGAGAUGGUGCUGGCCCUGACCAGCUGCCUGCAGCCCCUCAAGUUCUGCUGUGACUUCCGCCCCUACUUCACCAUCCAUGACAGUGAGUUCAAGGAGCUCACCACACGCACCCAGGCCCCACCAAACGUGGUCCUGGGAGUCACAAACCCUUUCUUUAUCAAAACACUCCAGCACUGGCCCCAUGUACUUCGAAUCGGGGAGCCCAGGAUGUCAGGGGACCUUCCUAAGCAGGUCAAGCUGAAGAAGCCCUCCAGACUGAAGACUGUUGACACUAAGCCAGGCCUCUACACCUCCUACACAGCCCACCUGCACCGGGACAAGGCGCUGCUCAAACGGCUGCUCAAGGGUGUGCAAAAGAAGCGGCCGUGGGACAUGCAGAGUGCCCUGCUGAGGCGGCACCUCCUGGAGCUCACGCAGAGCUUCAUCAUCCCCCUGGAGCAUUACAUGGCCAGCCUCAUGCCACUGCAGAAGAGCAUCACACCCUGGAAGACCCCUCCCCAGAUCCGCCCCUUCCAUCAGGAGGACUUCCUGCAGAGCCUGGAGCAUGCAGGACCCCAGCUCACCUGCAUUCUCAAGGGCGACUGGCUGGGCCUCUACAGGCGAUUUUUUAAGUCACCCCAUUUUGACGGCUGGUACCGGCAGCGGCACAAAGAGAUGGCCCAGAGAUUGGAAGCACUGCACCUGGAGGCGAUUUGUGAGGCGAACAUCGAGACCUGGAUGCAGGACAAGUCGGAGGUAGAAGUGGUAGACCUGGUCCUGAAACUUCGGGAGAAGCUGGUGCGGGCACAAAGCCACCAGCUGCCAGUGAAGGAGGUGACGUUGCAGCGGGCACAACUGUACAUUGAGACGGUCAUCGGCUCCCUGCCCAAGGAUCUGCAGGCUGUCCUGUGCCCUCCCUAGGGUGGGGCAAGGUGUGCAGUCCCUGGAACCUGUCUGCCAAGCCCCUCCACCCUGGGGUGACCUUCAGCCAAGCCUGAGCUCCCAGCCUUUGCCCCCUUCCCAGGCUGUGGCCCCCCCUACUUUCACCACCUUUGUCCCAGCAGUAAACGUGACAUUUGGAACCACA